CAGCCGCGAGUACGUGCACGUACAGCUGUACUAACGUGAUGUCAUAACGCCGUUGAGCUAAAAAAAAAAAAAAAAAAAUGUUAGCCUGUGUUGUUAAGUCUGAAAGCUACAGGGGAUUUGCCAGACGGAAAUAAUACCGUUCUAUCGCCUAGAAACACAUGCACAGCCCACAUAUUAGCGUAGCGCGUUUUUAUACGUUUUUCUAUCCGCUUGAAGCGAGCGUCGUGGGUUUAUCCUGGAGAAAGUUGGUUGGUUAUUUUGUGGGAGUGAUGUCGAAUCCUGGGACUCGAAGGAACGGGUCAAGCAUCAAAAUCCGACUGACAGUAUUAUGUGCCAAGAAUCUGGCAAAGAAAGACUUCUUCCGUUUGCCUGAUCCUUUCGCCAAAGUGGUGGUGGAUGGCUCGGGUCAGUGCCACUCUACAGACACGGUCAAAAGCACAUUGGACCCCAAGUGGAAUCAGCAUUACGACCUGUAUAUUGGGAAGACAGAUUCCAUCACCAUUAGUGUAUGGAACCAUAAGAAGAUCCAUAAGAAGCAGGGUGCGGGUUUCUUAGGCUGUGUGCGACUCCUGUCCAACGCCAUCAGCAGACUAAAAGACACAGGCUACCAGCGUUUAGACUUAUGCAAGUUGAACCCAUCUGACAGUGAUGCUGUCCGUGGACAAAUCGUUGUGAGUCUGCAGACCAGAGACAGAAUUGGCAGUGGAGGGCCUGUGGUCGACUGUAGAGGACUGGUAGAGAAUGAAGGGCCAGUCUUUGAAGACUCAGGGCCCGGGCGGCCUCUCAGCUGCUUCAUGGAGGAGCCCAUGCCAUACACAGAUCCUACAGGAGCCGCUGGCGGGGGCAACUGCCGUGCACUUGAGUCACCAAAUCAGGAACAACGGCUCCAAGCACAGCGCAUCAGAAACCAAGACUCCCGAGGGCACACACACACACCCCAAAAUAGACCACACGGACACCAGUCCCCCGACCUCCCUGAGGGCUACGAGCAAAGGACCACCGUGCAGGGCCAAGUCUAUUUUCUGCACACACAGACUGGCGUGAGCACCUGGCAUGAUCCCAGAAUACCCCGGUGUACCAACAUCUCUUUAAGGGAUUUGAACAGCGUGAGUUGUGAGGAGCUGGGCCCUCUGCCGCCCGGCUGGGAGAUCAGGAGCACUGUGUCAGGACGAAUUUAUUUUGUCGACCAUAAUAAUAGAACCACGCAAUUCACUGACCCCAGGUUACACCACAUCAUGAGCCAACACUCUCAGGGGAAGGAGUCGAGCCAGCCUCUGCCUGUACAGAUGGAGGUCGGUAUGGAGGAGGGUGACGGGGAGCUACCAGUGCGCUACGAGAGAGAUCUGGUCCAGAAACUUAAAGUUCUCCGCCAUGAGCUCUCCCUGCAGCAGCCUCAAGCUGGCCACUGCCGCAUAGAAGUGUCCCGUGAGGAGAUCUUUGAGGAGUCUUAUAGACAGAUCAUGAAGAUGAGACCCAAAGACCUGAAGAAGCGGCUGAUGGUGAAGUUCAGAGGCGAGGAGGGGCUAGAUUACGGUGGAGUUGCUAGGGAAUGGUUAUAUCUCCUCUGCCAUGAGAUGCUGAAUCCAUACUACGGCCUGUUUCAGUACUCCACUGAUAACAUCUACACACUACAGAUCAACCCAGACUCAUCCAUCAACCCUGACCACUUGUCUUACUUCCACUUUGUUGGGCGGAUUAUGGGUCUGGCUGUUUUCCACGGGCACUACAUCAAUGGAGGCUUCACCUUACCCUUCUACAAGCAGCUCCUGGGAAAGCCCAUCCAGCUUUGUGACCUUGAGACUGUGGACCCAGAGCUGCACAAGAGCCUCGUCUGGAUACUAGAGAAUGACAUCGCAUCUGUUUUGGACCACACCUUCUGUGUAGAACAUAAUGCUUUUGGCAAAUUCCUCCAACAUGAGCUGAAACCAAACGGCAAGAACAUCCCAGUCACAGAGGAGAAUAAGAAAGAAUAUGUGAGGCUGUAUGUCAACUGGAGAUUCAUGCGAGGCAUUGAGGCCCAGUUCCUCGCCCUGCAGAAGGGCUUCAACGAACUCAUACCACAGCAUCUGCUCAAGCCUUUUGACAACAAGGAACUUGAGCUGAUCAUCGGUGGUUUGGGCAAGAUCGAUCUGAACGACUGGAAGGCCAACACACGGCUGAAGCACUGUGUGGCUGACAGUAACAUAGUGAAGUGGUUCUGGCAGGCGGUUGAAUCGUUUGACGAGGAAAGGAGAGGCAGACUGCUACAGUUCGUCACAGGCUCCACACGCGUCCCUCUACAAGGCUUCAAAGCACUGCAAGGUUCUACAGGUUCUGCAGGACCAAGACUCUUCACUAUUCAUUUAAUUGACGCCAACACAGACAACCUGCCCAAAGCCCACACAUGCUUCAACCGGAUCGACAUCCCGCCUUACGAGUCAUACGAGAAGCUCUACGAGAAGCUCCUGACCGCGGUGGAGGAGACGUGUGGCUUUGCAGUGGAGUGAGCAAGUGCCCUGUCCAGCCAGGCAGCAAUGGCAGCAAACCCACCAAACAGCCCCAGCCAUCCCUUUCACCCCCUCCCCUUCUCCAGGACAGACAGACUGGUGUCUCCUGACAGACUUUAGCAUCAACCGCCAGCCUGAAACUGCAACGGAGGGGAGCGACCACCCAAGGGCAAAACUCUCAAAGACUAAUGAUUCCUCACAACGUGAUUCGGGAAUUGUUUUCCCAUUACCACAAUAAGUUACAGAGAAAUCUGAUCAGCAUUUAUUUUGUUUCUCAGAAAUCCAGUUCGUAUUGUCUUUGUCACUGAAGCGAGGGUUGAUAGCGUCUGACUGUGACGCGAGUAUGUUUGUGCUGCAGUACGUAGAGCCUCACUGAGUCUGCGGUCUACAUGAAGUAGAGCUCACGUUUUAGUCUAGGUGGAGUAUUUUAACAUACACAGAGCCUGUGACCAUUAAACCAGUUUACCUACAGCAAAUGCAUCUUGGGACAUGUUUGGUCUGCGUUGUAAUGUUCGCUAUCGUCUCCACUUAUUUUCCUAAUUGACUUUAUUUCCUUGCGUCCUGUUCAGUGCUAUAGGAUGGCAUUUCAGUGGUAUCCAUUUCCUGUACUCAUCAUCGUUCUCAUCGUAUCUUCAGCUGAAGCACAACGAUCGUGUGCAGUCUAGAGAAGGACCCAAAGCCCUUGCAAAGUCAGCAGUUUCCAGAGCAAGCCAGUAUUUUCAUCACACAGAUUUUUAAAAAAAUUUUUAACAUUGUUUUUAUCCAGUGAGCAUUUCUCUGUUGUCAACAAAAGGCCUAUUUUUAAAGGUAAUGUUUAAUGAAUGGUGUUUUAAUAUGCAGAUUUUGAAGCAAGUCAACUUCUGGAAAAACAUUCUGAUCCAUUGUGUCCGUUAACACACCUAAACUAGAUUCCUUAGUGUAGCUUUGCAAAGAAAACGGAUGUUGAAUGUUUUGAAGAACCUCUUUUUGACCCCAUUAAUCUUUAAUGAAUCCAGCCAUUAUCAUAUGGUAACUUGGCAUUAACCAUUUUAACUUAACGUACCAUGAAAUUCAACUCUAGACUGUUAUUCGUGUGUCUUUUUUAUUUAAACCUCUGCUUCUAGUAACAUUCAGCACUUUCGCUGGCGUCAUGGAGCGUUUAUUCCCCUGUAGGUGAAUGUUGAUGCUCUUCGGCUCCUAGCUGUGGCGGUACUUCUGCAGACUCUGAUGGAGUGGGGUUUGGUCCAGGUUUUGGUGUGGUGAAAGAGUAGGGGAGUGUCUCGGGUUUCAUUAUGUAGUGCUUGACGUGCAUGGCACCAUAUUAUUCUUUGUAAAUGUAAAGGAUGAGCCAACCUCAUAGUGUUCAUUCAACCACUUUUGUCUUUGUUUUCCCACUUUUUUUUUUGAAACCAAUUAUUUAUUACCAUGUAAUGUCCUUUUAAGUAUUGCUGCUAUUACCAUUUUUCCAUAGUUUUCAGAGAAGGCCGAGUUCUUGUGAAAGCUGUACACUAAUCUCUUUUAUUUUAUGUAUGAAUCAGAGUAUUUAAACCUGCUGCUGAUUCUUCAGGACGUUAAGAGGACGGGUUCCCCCGACCUUUGACCUGGAUGGAGUUAGCAAAAGAUGUAGGCAGGGCCCCGGUGGUCAUGUUCAUAUUUGUGAUAUAUGCAAUAAAAUCCAUCACCUUUAUAUUCUUGGUUCUGUCUAAAAAUGUCUCUUUCCUCACUUAAUAUGUGUUGGAUCAGUCAGAAUUUGUGUCUUUGACAAGUUUUCUGUUUUUCCAUAAGACCGUGAAUGCCUAGAGCGGUGAAGCAUUUUUAAACUUGCAUAAAAGACAAAAGAGGUGACGUUUAAUGUUGUGUUAUUGUGGGAAUGGCUAGUGAGCUUGAAGAUGAGUAUGGACUUUGCCUGAAGUUACAGUUGUUUUCAUAUUUCUCUAAAGAAAAACCUUUUUCCAAGUAAUGUGACAGGUAUCAUCACAUUGUACAAUUAUUAGGUCCUGAGUGUCAUUGUUUAUUUGAUGCAAGAGUAAUGUAACUUACUGUGUACUAAACAUUUCUGAAAAAAAUUCAGUGUAAAUAAGAUUAUAUUAAAGAAACUAAAUUGCA